AUGAGCCUUCUUGUGCGGUGCUCCACCUUGUCUAAAAUUUUGAUGAAUGACGGGGGUGGCAGACAAGGCAAGAUACGAGAUGCAUACUCAAGAUGGGAGCAGACUUGUGCUGAAUAUAAGGUUCUGCAGCCUCGAAUUGUCAAGAAGGUGGAUGGUGGUACAGAAGACUCUGUGGCAGACGUUGAUGACUCUGUGGCAGACGUUGAUGACUCUGUGGCAGACGUUGAUGACUCUGUGGCAGACGUUGAUGACUCUGUGGCAGACGUUGAUGACUCUGUGGCAGACGUUGAUGACUCUGUGGCAGACGUUGAUGACUCUGUGGCAGACGUUGAUGACUCUGUGGCAGACGUUGAUGACUCUGUGGCAGACGUUGAUGACUCUGUGGCAGAAGUUGAUGACUCUGUGACAGAAGUUGCUGACUCUGUGACAGACGUUGAUGACUCUGUGACAGACGUUGAUGACUCUGUGGCAGACGUUGAUGACUCUGUGACAGAAGUUGCUGACUCUGUGACAGACGUUGAUGACUCUGUGACAGAAGUUGAUGACUCUGUGACAGACGUUGAUGACUCUGUGGCAGACGUUGAUGACUCUGUGGCAGACGUUGAUGACUCUGUGACAGAAGUUGCUGACUCUGUGGCAGACGUUGCUGACUCUGUGACAGACGUUGAUGACUCUGUGACAGAAGUUGAUGACUCUGUGGUAGAAGUUGAUGACUGUGGCAGAAGUUGA